UGGCUUGUGUGCCUCUGGUUUCCAGGACGACCACUCCAUGUUUUUCCAAUUUGGCCCAUCCAUCGAGCAGCAGGCCUCGGUCAUGCUGAACAUCAUGGAAGAAUACGACUGGUACAUCUUCUCCGUGGUUACCACCUACUACCCUGGUCACGAGGACUUUGUCAACAAGAUCCGCAGUACAAUUGACAACAGCUUUGUGGGCUGGGAACUAGAAGAAGUCCUCCUGCUAGACAUGUCAGUGGACGACGGAGACUCGAAGAUCCAGAAUCAGCUGAAAAAACUGCAGAGCCCUGUUAUUCUGCUCUACUGCACCAAGGAGGAGGCUACCAUGAUUUUUGAGGUGGCCCACUCUGUAGGCCUCACAGGCUAUGGCUACACAUGGAUUGUGCCGUCACUGGUUGCCGGAGAUGCAGACCAUGUUCCGUCUGUCUUCCCUAUAGGGAUUAUCUCAGUGUCAUAUGACGAAUGGGAUUACAACAUUGAGGCCAGGGUCCGUGAUGCAGUAGCUGUCAUCGCCACGGCAACCUCUACCAUGAUGCUGGACCGGGGACCGCACACGCUGCUGAAGUCUAGCUGCCAGGGGCCACCUGACAAAAAGAUUGCAACCACCGGCUAUUCCAGAGAAAUACUGAAGUACGUGAUGAAUGUGACCUUUGAAGGUCGGAACCUGUCCUUCAGUGAAGAGGGCCACCAGAUGCAUCCCAAGCUGGUCAUCAUUCUUCUGGACAAGGACAGGCAGUGGGACAGGGUGGGUAAGUGGGAGAGAGGCUCUCUGACAAUGAGGUACCACGUGUGGCCGCGCUUCGAGUUGUACCCCACAGCCGAGGAACGGGAUGACCACCUGUCCAUUGUGACUCUGGAGGAGGCGCCUUUUGUCAUCGUGGAGGACGUGGACCCGCUCAGUGGAACCUGCAUGAGGAACACAGUGCCAUGCCGCAAGCAGCUCAAACUCAUAAAUCAGACGGGAGAUUCAGGGAUUUACAUCAAGCGCUGCUGCAAAGGCUUCUGCAUUGACAUCCUGAAGAAGAUUGCCAAGAUGGUCAAGUUCACGUAUGACCUCUACCUGGUCACAAACGGCAAACACGGGAAGAAGGUUAACGGGACAUGGAAUGGCAUGGUCGGAGAGGUGGUGGUAAAGAAUGCUCACAUGGCAGUGGGUUCACUCACCAUCAACGAGGAGAGGUCAGAGGUCAUCGACUUCUCUGUGCCGUUCAUCGAGACGGGCAUCAGUGUCAUGGUCUCCCGUAGCAACGGAACAGUCUCCCCGUCUGCAUUUCUGGAGCCCUUCAGCGCUGACGUCUGGGUGAUGAUGUUUGUGAUGCUGCUGAUCGUGUCGGCCGUCGCUGUGUUUAUAUUUGAGUAUUUCAGCCCGGUGGGUUACAAUCGCUGUCUGGCAGAUGGGCGAGAGCCCGGCGGCCCCUCGUUCACCAUCGGAAAGGCCAUCUGGCUGCUUUGGGGUCUGGUUUUCAACAACUCUGUUCCCGUGCAGAAUCCAAAAGGUACCACCAGUAAGAUCAUGGUGUCAGUGUGGGCCUUCUUCGCCGUCAUCUUCCUGGCCUCCUACACUGCCAACCUGGCCGCCUUCAUGAUCCAGGAGGAGUACGUGGACCAGGUGUCAGGCCUGUCUGACAAAAAGUUCCAAAAGCCGAACGAAUUCUCACCGCCAUUCCGGUUUGGCACGGUUCCCAAUGGGAGCACGGAGCGCAACAUCCGUAACAACUACAGGGAUAUGCAUGCCUACAUGACCAGCUUCCACCAGAAGAAUGUCGAUGAAGCUCUGUAUAGUCUGAAGACCGGCAAACUGGACGCCUUCAUCUACGAUGCGGCGGUGCUGAACUACAUGGCCGGCAGAGAUGAGGGCUGUAAGCUAGUCACCAUCGGGAGUGGGAAGGUGUUCGCCUCCACUGGCUAUGGCAUCGCCAUCCAGAAGGAUUCGGGCUGGAAAAGAGCUGUGGAUCUCGCCAUCCUCAUGUUGUUUGGAGAUGGUGAGAUGGAGGAGUUGGAGGCCUUAUGGCUGACGGGGAUCUGCCACAAUGAGAAGAACGAGGUGAUGAGCAGCCAGCUGGAUGUGGACAACAUGGCGGGCGUCUUCUACAUGCUCGGGGCCGCCAUGGUUCUGUCACUCAUCACCUUCAUCUGCGAGAUUUUGUUCUACUGGCAGCUACGCUUCUGCUUCAUGGGCGUGUGCUCUGGGAAUCCCGGGGUCACGUUCUCUAUUAGCAGGGGUAUCUACAGCUGCAUCCAUGGGGUACAAAUAGAGGAAAACAAGUCAACCGCCGACUCUCCGUCGUCCACCAUUAAGAAGAAUAUGAAUAACACACACUCCAACAUUCUAAGAUUGCUCCGCACUGCCAAAGACAUGACCGCUGUCCCGGGCAUUAACGGCUCUCCACAUGCUGCUCUGGAAUACAAUCACGGAGGUCAUGACUCGGCUAUCUAUGAUAUCCAGGAGCACCGGCGUAGCCUGGUGGGCCACCCUGCGGACUGCAAGUCAGCACCGCCCUACCUGCCAGAGGACAACAUGUUCAGUGACUACAUCAGCGAGGUGGAGAGGACAUUUGGAAACUUGCCCCUGAAGGACAGCAACCUGUACCAGGACCAUUACAGACACCACCACCCGGCCUCGGCUCUGGGUAUGUCCGGCCCCCUGCCUAAUAGGCCCCGUAGCUUAGGCAGUGCUAGCUCAUUGGAAGGGGGCAUGUUUGAUUGCGACAGUUUAGGGGGAGGAGUGACGCCUAUCUUCACCACCCAGCCCCGCCCCUCUAUGACUCACAGGAAUACCAGUAAGUUUGACCUAAUUGCUGGCCACGCCCCUGCGGAGUCCAACCAAGGGGGAUUUAAGGGGAGCAAUGUGUACGGGAGGUUUUCUUUCAAAGGAGGAGCAUCCAGCACAGGGAUCAUCGGGGGUCAUGAGAGGUACUGUGGUGGGGGUGGGGGAGGCUCUGGGGGUGAUGACGGGAACAUCCGUUCGGAUGUGUCUGAUAUUUCCACGCACACAGUCACUUAUGGCAACCUGGAGGGCAACGUCAAGAGACGUAAGCAAUACAGGGACAGCCUGAAAAAGAGGCCAGCCUCAGCCAAAUGCAGACGGGAGCACGACGAGAUGGAGCUGAGCGGCUUCAGGAGGAGACCACACCACCACACCGUCCACCACCACUCCCAUGGGCCUCUGGCACACCGCACAGUCUCACCAACCCUGGAGCGGAAAAGAGCAGCAGGGGGUAAUUCUUCACCUUACUUAUUCCGUAAAGAUAAAGAAAAUCUAAGGGAGUUCUACGCGGAUCCGUUCCGCUCCAAGGAGGGCAAGGCCAAGUGGGAGCAAGAGGGUGGAAGUGGAGGAAGCGGUGUGGGCGGCGGUAGUGGUGCUGGUAUCUGUAAAAGCUUAGUUCCUGUGGAAGACUUCCUGAAAGGUAAAGUCAAGAAACCGGAAUGUAAAGGUGGGCUUGGUUCAGUGUCAGGAGGUCUGCAGGGCCACACCUGCUGGGAGAAGGGAGUCUCGGGAUUAGGAGGUGGGGGCAUAGCAGGAGGUGACUGGGAGUGUCGUAACUGUCACAAUGUGUGUCAUCAUGGUGGAGGUGUAGGAGGAGGAGGAGUCACAUGCCCAGCUAGCAGUGUUGGGGGGAGCAGCAGUCGCCCCAGCUCUGCUACCUGUAAACGGUGUGACUCUUGUAAGGUUCAUCCAAACAACCUUUACAACAUCAGUGAGGAUAACAACAUUGCGUUCACUGGAGCUAAGGUUAGUGCAGGAGGAAGCCAAUCACAGACUCAGGCGCAACGCAGGAAGAUGGGACCCGGUGGGAGGAUGUUACGGAGGCAGCACUCAUACGACACAUUUGUGGAUAUGCAAAGGGAGGGGGGAGGCCGCAUGGGAGGAGGUAGCGGGAGCUUUGCAGGACAGCUCCCCCAGCCCCGAAGCGUAAGCUUGAAAGACAAAGAUCGCUUCAUGGAGGGUCCCAGCCCGUACGCACAGAUGUUUGAGACGUAUGCAGGUGAAAGGGAGCCCAACUUGUUUAGUGGUGUAGGUGGAGAUAGGGUGAAAGGUGGCUCCUCGUUUACGUUGUUCCGUGGUGGCGAGGGUGGUUUUCAUCGGCGGUCUUUUGGGGAGAGAGACCUGCGGGAUAGAGAUAGAGCUAUGAUGGGAGGUGGGGGCUGUGGUGGUGGUGGUGGUGGUGGUAGCAGAGGGACCGGGACUUACUCCUUGUCUAAAUCUCUCUACCCAGAUAAGGUGAACCAGAACCCCUUCAUCCCAACCUUCGGCGAUGACCAGUGUCUUUUACACGGUGCCAAACCGUACUACGUCAAAAAGCCACAGACGCAGCAGCAGCAGCAACUUCUCAACAACAGCCGUGGAGGAGGGGACUUCAGAGGCUCCAUGGGAGCGACUUCCUAUUUGCCUGCGUCAGCCACAGCUGGGGUGAUGUCCAAUGUGGCCCCCAGGUACCCCAAAGAGCUGUGUCUGGGUGGAAUAGGAGGGCCAAUGGGAAACCACCACGGGGCCAACAAGCACCUGCCAGUGGGCAGGGACACAUUAGGUUUGGGGCAGGGGCAGAGACCUUUUAACAGUGCCAGCAACGGACAUGUGUAUGAAAAGCUCUCCAGCAUAGAGUCAGACGUCUGAGGGCCAAGACAGAAAGAAAGGGAUCGAUGGAGUGGUUGAAGGAACGAGUGGAGUGGAGAGAAUCAUGGGGCACAAGCCGAGGAGAUCUAGCAGGAGAUGCUGUGUGGGUGUGUGAGUGGGCGUGGCUGCACAGAGGUCACCACGAGCUAAGCCAUCAUGGCAAAAUACGGCAGGAGACAGGAUGGUGGAUGCUGCUCCAGCACCCAAAGAAAGCUAAGAAGGGAGGGAUAAUGAAAUGAAAAUGACCCAUUUCUGCUCUCGUCGCAUCAUCCGCUCCUCCCUCCUGCAGAUCCUUACGCCAAAACAAACAAUUUCUUAGCAACGAAAAUACAAUCAUGAAUGAGAAAUCAACAUUUUCGUUGACGUAACAGGGUAAACUAACAAUAACUGUACUGGUAAUGUUAAUAAUAUUAAAUAUUAUUCAACUGUUUUACAAUGACUGGUUUGGUUUUUGGAUUUUAUUUAUUUAUAUAGUUCGCGUUACAUAUCUGUAUGAUGUUAAUUCUUUCUUCACUGACCAAAA